CUGACACAACAGGGUUUUCAUGUAAGAGAAGACAACACAACGCCCACAAAUAUAUUAAAGGGUUUCAAGCUCUCUUGUUUUUGCUCAUAUGAAUAAUCUGAGAAACAAAGGCAUGUUUCGAGUAUCAUCAGUGUGUGGACAACAACAAGAAGAGGUAGAACCAAGGGAAAGUAGCCAUUAUAGUUCAUCCACCGGGAUACUCCCUUCACUAGGUGCACGAAGUAAUCGUAGGGUUAAGCUUAGAAGAUUCAUUGUUUCUCCUUAUGAUCGUCGUUACAGGAUAUGGCAGACUUUUCUAGUUAUUCUAGUUGUUUACACUGCUUGGGUUUCGCCGUUUGAGUUCGGGUUCCUUCAUAAACCGCGGCCAAUACUUUCAGUUACUGAUAACGUUGUUAAUGGAUUCUUUGCCUUGGAUAUCAUUCUUACCUUCUUUGUUGCAUACCUUGAUAAAGCUACCUAUUUAUUUAUUGAUGAUCCUAAGAAGAUUGCUUGGAAGUAUGGUAGGUCCUGGUUGGUUUUUGACAUUAUAUCCUCAAUACCGUCCGAACUUGCUCGGAAGAUCUCCCCUAAGCCGUUACGUUCAUAUGGCUUAUUCAACAUGCUUCGUCUUUGGCGUCUCCGCAGAGUUAGUGCCAUGUUUUCGAGAUUGGAGAAAGACAAGAACUACAACUACUUUUGGGUUCGGUGCGCGAAACUCGUUUGCGUUACACUUUUUAUCGUUCAUUGUGCCGGAUGCUUCAUUUAUCUUAUUGCUGCACGAUAUCACGAUCCGGGAAGAACGUGGAUUGGAGCAGUACUCGGAGACAAUUUUAUUGAACAGAGUUUGUUGAGUAGAUACGUGACAUCAAUUUACUGGUCUAUCACUACACUGACUACUGUUGGCUAUGGUGAUAUUCAUCCUGUGAAUACAGGGGAGAUGGCAUUUGACGUUUUAUACAUGCUCUUGAAUCUCGGGUUGAUAGCGUAUUUGAUCGGAAACAUGACGAACUUGGUUGUCCAUCGAACCAGCCGAACUAGACUAUUUAGGGAUACCAUUCAAGCUGCUUCGAGUUUCGCUGUUCGAAACCAAUUGCCUGUCCGCCUACAAGAUCAGAUGCUCGCACAUUUAUGUCUGAAGUUCAGGACUGAUUCGGAAGGGCUGCAGCAGCAAGAGACUCUCGAUUCCCUUCCUAAAGCCAUCCGGUCAAGCAUUUCACAUUAUCUUUUCUACUCUCUCGUGGACAACGUCUUCUUGUUUCGCGGUGUUUCUAACGACUUGCUUUUUCAGCUGGUCUCUGAGAUGAAAGCUGAAUACUUUCCUCCGAAAGAAGACGUCAUCCUGCAGAACGAAGCGCCUACGGACUUUUACAUUCUCGUCACCGGUGCUGUGGAUAUAUUAGUUCUGAAAAAUGGAGUUGAACAGGUUGUCGGAGAGGCAAAAAAAGGUGACAUAUUCGGUGAGAUAGGUGUACUUUGCUACAGGCCGCAGCUCUUUACUGUACGUACAAAACGCUUGUGCCAACUACUACGGCUAAACCGAACAACAUUCCUUAAUAUCAUUCAAGCUAAUGUUGGAGAUGGGACUAUAAUCAUGAACAAUCUCCUCCAGCACUUGAAAGACACGGACAACCCGAUUAUGCAAGGCAUUUUAACAGAGACAGAGAACAUGCUAGCUCGAGGAAGAAUGGACUUACCUCUCAAUCUUUGCUUUGCCACACUAAGAGGAGACGACUCGUUGUUGCAUCAGCUAUUGAAAAGAGGGCUCGAUCCUAAUGAGUCGGAUAACAACGGAAGAACAGCUCUGCAUAUAGCUGCAUCAAAAGGAAGUGAGAAUUGCAUUCUUCUCUUACUGUAUUAUGGUGCAGAUCCUAAUUAUAAAGAUUCAGAAGGAAUUGUACCACUAUGGGAAGCAUUGUUAGGUGGCCAUAAUAAAGUAGCCAAACUGCUGAAAGAAAAUGGGGCAAACAUCAAUGUGGGAGAUGUCGGUCACUACGCUUGCACCGCCGCCGAACAAAACAACUUAACCUUGCUGAAACAAAUCAUCUAUUACGGCGGCGACGUCACAUGCCCGAGUCACAACGGUCACACUGCUCUUCAUGCUGCAGUUUGUGAGGGCAACAUCGAAAUCGUCAAGUUCCUUGUGGAACAAGGCGCUGACAUCAACAAGCCUGACGUUCAUCAUUGGACACCGAGUGAGCUAGCUGAGCAACAAGGGCAUGAAGAAAUAAAAGCCAUAUUUGAAUCCAGCAAAGAGCUGAAAACGAAAGCUGAUCAAUCUUCCAUGUUUGUCCCGGAGAAACAAUUUCUCGGGAGGUUUACGAGUGAGCCGGUCAUCCGUCCUGCACCUAUUGAUACUUCCGAUGGAUCAUGUAGCCAAUCCCGUCCAAGACGUCGGACUAAUAACUUCCACAACUCACUAUUUGGAAUAAUGUCGGCUGCACGCAACGGGGAGAAAGAUUUACUGCUUUCGGUUAAUCGAAACAAAGGUGUCACUGAUUCCAUUGUUACUUCUGCUCGAGUGGUAAUUAGUUGCCCCGAGAUCGGACAUGCCCAUGGAAAGCUUAUUGUUCUACCAGGGACCUUUAAGGAGUUGAUUGAAAUUGGUGCUAAAAAAUUUGGGAUUUUUGGUGCUAAAGUGGUGACCAAAGAAGGAGUUGAAAUUGAUGAUAUUGAUGUUAUUAGAGAUGGUGAUCAUCUUGUUUUUGUUACCAACAAUGGUCACCAAUAGCUAAAAAUAGAUGUUAUUUGGACUCCAACAUGAGUUUCGAAAAGGAUUUUGUUUUCAAAA